GGUACCUAUAUGUAAUUUACUCCUCCCAGGCACUCUCUCUGUCCUACAGCGUACCGCCGCCGCCGCCGCCGCCGUAGCUCAGCCCUUCCACCGCCGCCCCCGUUCUUCCUCGUCGCGACCCUGCUGUCUGCCUGUCUCGGGACUCAGUGGCGGAGCUAGACGAGGAUCCCUGGGUGGGGUGUUACCCAUUUUCCCCCCCUAUCUAAGCCAAGAUUAUACAAAAUAAUUAAGCAAAACAUAUAUAGGCUUGGGAGAGGGGAGGGGGCAGCGCCCCCCCUCACUUAUAGCUCCGCCAGUGUUUCGUGUCUCUGUUAAUCAGAAGUCACACUCCUAUGGCGGCAUCUGAACAACAGGCUAAGGAGGAGUACGCUGAUUUUGAGGCGAGGGUCAAGAGGACGAUAUAUAUCGAUCACCUCUCCCCUGAGGUUACUAGCCAGGUUAUCAAGGCUGCUCUUGCCCAGUGCGCGAAUGUUGUCAAUACGGAGUUCAUCGUGAACUACACGAUCCCGUAUGAUAUCCCUGCCGCUGCAUUGGUGGAAUUGGACGAUGAGUCGCAGGCCAAGGCUGCUGUUGACUUGAUGAAUGAUUUCCCUUUCAUCAUCGGCGGGAUGCCCAGGCCUGUAAAAGCUGUGUAUGCGAAGCCCGAGAUGUUUCGGGAUCGCCCUAGUCGGCCUGGAUUGAAGAUGAAAAUCAGCUGGGUAAAACAAGGGGAUCCGGAGUAUGAUGGGAUGAGUAAGCUGAAGGUCCUGGCCAAGAGGCAAGAAGCAGAAAAUAUGGCUCUCAUCAAGACUGAACUGGAAGAGGAGAAGGAGCUGGCGACGCAGCAGCAGGAAACACUCGAUGCGAACUACAAGAAGUACGACAUGAUCGAGAACAUCAUGCAAAACGGGAACAUCAAGAACCUCGCCCAUCAUUAUAAGGUCAACCUGGCUGACAACUGAUCAGGCCAAUGAAGCGGCCCUGGAGAUUGCAGUUCCUAGUGCAAAGCUAGUUUCUUCUGGUUCUGGGCAUUCCACUCAUACAUGUGUGAUGGUGUGAUAGUAAUAAUACAUUGAUGCAGCCACGCUCUACUUUGUGGCCAGCUGCAUCCUCUGUGUCAAAUGUAGUAGUUGCUUAGUGUAGCAGCCGUUGAUACAUUAUGACCCGUUGAGGCUAUGCCCGGUGUAAUAAAGUUUUGUUGAGAUGA